UGGCGGACCGUAGUCUCGUCAACGGCUUAAACGGCGAAGCGAAACGCAAGAGAAAGGCGGCCGCUGAAGCCCAGAACGGAACUCCCGCAGAAGGUCAGCUGCUGCAGAAGGUUCUCGACCUCGUGGGGCGCGAGCAUCUCAUCUCGUGCCCGGCGGAGGCCAAGAUCGUCGAGUUCAAGCAUCCGAAGGAAUUAGAGGCACUCCUUCAACUCGACAUCAACCCAAAGGGCAUGAACCAGACCCAAACUGAAGCCUUUAUGGAGACGGUCGUGCGGUACAGCGUCAGGACACAACACCCUCACUUCUACAACCAGUUCUACGGCAGCGUCGACGAGGUGGCGCUGGCCGGGGCUUGGCUCACGGAUGCUCUCAACACCAACCAAAUUACCUAUGAAGUGUCUCCCGUUUUCAUCCUCAUGGAGCGGUUUGUCCUCGCCAAGUUGGGAUCGAUUUUCGGCUAUGACCAAGCGGACGGAAUUUUCGCUCCGGGUGGCAGCAUAAGCAACUUACACGCCAUGCUGUUGGCGAGAUACAAACUUCACCCUGAAAUCAAGCAGUCUGGAAUAUUUAGCCUGAAGCCUCUUGUCGCCUUCACUUCAGACCAGAGCCACUACUCGAUCAGGAAGGCCGCCGUCACCAUGGGCUUAGGCCUAGAUAACGUGGUCCAGGUCAAGACCGAUUCCGUAGGGCGCAUGAUGCCGCAGGAGCUGAAGAAGGCCGUGAAGCGAGCGCGGGAGGAGGGCAAGGAGCCGUUCUUCGUCUGCGCCACCUGCGGGAGCACCGUCCUGGGGGCCUACGACUCGCUGGAGGAACUCGCCGACAUCUGCAGUCUGGAGGGACUCUGGCUGCACGCGGAUGCUUGUGUAGGCGGCUGUGCAAUAUUUUCAGAGAGACUGAAACACUUUCUCGAUGGAAUUCAUAGGGCAGACUCGAUCGCAUGGAACCCCCACAAGAUGCUGUGCGUUCCUCUCCAGUGUUCCGUGUUCCUCACUCGCCACAAGGGCCUCCUCGACGCCUGCCACUCCGCGCGCGCGUCCUACCUCUUCCAACAAGACAAGUUCUACGACGUGAGCUACGACGUGGGCGACAAGAGCUUCCAGUGCGGGAGGAAGGUGGACGUGUUCAAGCUGUACUUCAUCCUCAGCGUCCGUGGCUUGGAUGAGAUCGCGAGCAGGAUUGAAGCCGCCUUCGAUGCUGCUGCGUACCUCAGCGAGCAGGUCGCCCUCAGGCCAAAUUUUCGCCAGGUGAUCCCAGCUGCCCAGUGCGCCAACACCUGCUUCUGGUUCGUUCCCGAGAGCCUGAGAGGGAAGGAGGAGACGCCGGAAUGGUGGGAGAAGCUGGGGAAGGUCGCGCCACGUGUCAAGACGCGAAUGGUUCAAGCAGGCACCCUCAUGAUCGGUUACCAGCCAAUAGAGAACAAGAACCUCGUGAAUUUUUUCCGCAUGACCAACACCUGCGUUCCUGUGCCUACCUCAGCCGACAUGGACUUCGUUCUGGAUGAGAUUGAGCGGUUAGGAAAAGAUUUGUAGAACGCUCAGAAGAUCCGAUAUUUACGGCUGUUUUGAAAUUGUAUCUUUAUCUUUUUACGUAUACAAAUACAUACGCAUAUACAAAUACACACGUGCAUACACACACAAAAGAUAGAUUGAUAGAUGUAAAUAUAUAUAG